CCGAAGAAGCGCGAGGCUCUUGCGAGCUCCAGGGGCUGACAAGGAGGGAGCCAGUGCGCAUGCGCGAGCGCAGAGGGGCUGACAGAGAGGAAGUUAGCGCACAUGCGCGGUUGGUGGAGGAAGGGAGGAGCACUGGAGCUCCUGGGCGGCUGGAGGGGCUGGGGAAGGCGAGGAAAGAGGCAUAUUAAGGCGGCUUAGUGUCCAGAGGGAGGAAGUGGGAGCCCAGGAGAAGACGGAGAGGUCGUUUAUACGUUCCCCCUGCUUCCCUCCCCUUCCUCCGUUGGCCACCGAACUCAACGCCUAGGCGGCCCCAAAAGACUCCUCUUUACCCAGGUCUCUAAGAGGAUGGACGUUCUGCACAGCCUUGGAGUGUUAGAUGCUGUCUUCAGUGAAGGAGAAAGAAGGAAGAGGAGGCGUGCACCUGAAACGCUGCAGAAAACCCCGGCUCAAUAAAGUCCUCUUGAGGCAGGGUUUGGAGACAACCGUCUUGUUGCUCAGCACAAGUAUCUAGCCCCAAGUAUUGGGUGGUACUUCUUUCAUCAGUGAAACAGUCAGGAGUCUGUGGUGGCGCGCCAUUCAUAGACUUUUCCGAGAGAGCCUUUGAGGCCUUGCCCUGAGCUGCUGUGUCGUUGUUAUGAGCAAGGAACUAAUAUUAAUCAUGUGACUCAGAUUACCAAAGCCGGCGUGAGAAACUUCCAAGAACCUCCUUGUUGGUCUUCCCUUUUCCUCCUGAUACCGGAUUACUGUAUGCUGAUUUAUAAAACAAAUAGGGUGAAAAAUUGUGCCCUUGACUGCUCUUUUGCGGGUGGCACCAGUAUCGUCCCGUGGCAUAAUAGUCACAGUUGUGUGCCUUUUGUUUUUCUUUUAAUUUAUUAUUAUUAUUUUGUAUUUUUUGGAUCAUAAAGCAAGGAAAGGACAAAGAGUUUUGGGAAGAGCCUGGGUGCUGUCUGUCUAAACUCUGGCACUAUUUUGGGGUAACUUUUGAUACAGCUAAAAGCAAAAAUGUCGUUCUUUAACUUUCGUAAGAUCUUCAAACUGGGAGGUGAAAAGAAGAAGAAGCAGUAUGAGCACGUCAAGAGGGACCUGAAUCCAGAGGACUACUGGGAAAUUAUUGGAGAGCUGGGAGAUGGUGCUUUUGGCAAAGUAUUCAAGGCUCAGAACAAAGAAACCAAAGUCCUUGCAGCUGCAAAGGUGAUUGAUACUAAAUCUGAGGAAGAGCUUGAAGACUACAUGGUUGAAAUUGACAUCCUAGCAUCCAGUGAUCAUCCUAAUAUUGUCAAACUUCUUGAUGCUUUUUAUUAUGAAAAUAAUCUUUGGAUACUCAUCGAGUUCUGUGCUGGUGGUGCUGUGGAUGCUGUAAUGUUAGAACUUGAAAGACCACUAACAGAGCCACAAAUCAGGGUAGUUUGCAGACAAACACUGGAGGCGCUGCACUAUCUGCAUGAAAAUAAGAUCAUUCACAGAGAUCUUAAAGCUGGCAAUAUUCUUUUUACAUUAGAUGGAGACAUUAAACUGGCGGAUUUUGGAGUGUCUGCUAAAAAUACAAGGACAAUACAAAGACGAGAUUCAUUCAUUGGUACACCAUAUUGGAUGGCCCCUGAAGUAGUAAUGUGUGAGACAUCUAAAGACAGGCCUUAUGAUUACAAGGCUGACGUUUGGUCUUUAGGUGUCACUUUAAUAGAAAUGGCUGAAAUAGAACCACCUCAUCAUGAAUUGAAUCCAAUGCGUGUUCUGCUGAAAAUAGCAAAAUCAGAGCCACCCUCAUUGGCACAACCCUCAAAAUGGUCUCCUGAUUUUAAAGACUUCUUAAAGAAGUGUUUGGAAAAAAAUGUAGAUGCCAGAUGGACCACUGCUGAACUUCUGCAGCAUCCAUUUGUUACUGUAACCACCAAUAAACCAAUCAGAGAAUUGAUUGCUGAAGCAAAGGCUGAAGUUACAGAAGAAGUAGAAGAUGGGAAAGAUGACGAUGAAGAGGAAGAGUCUGAAAAUUCUCUGCAAUUACCUGCAAAUAAGCGAGCCUCAUCUGACCUCAGCAUUGCCAGUUCAGAAGAGGAUAAACUUUCACAGAAUGCCUCUAUCCUGGAAUCAGUUUCUGAAAGAACAGAGCAUCCAAUCACAGAAGGGACUAGUACUAAUGCCUCUGAAGGUGAAAAAAGGGGUGUGGAGCCCGGCAGCAAUGAAAAAGAGAAUCAUGUUGUAAGCGCAAUUGUUAUUACACAGGAAAAUGGUGAAAGGUUGCAGAAUGGCGCUGCAUUACUGCAUGAAGAUGAUGAAGGAAAGGAGAAUGAAAAAAUUAUUCAAAACACACUGUCAAGUGGAGACACUGAAUCACAGAAAGAAGAGAAGGAAAUAGAAACAGUCAUUUCUGAAACUAAUGUUAAGCCCAGUCUGAAAACAGAAGAAGAAAAUACAUUUUCAAAUAAGUCAGAAGUUGAACACAAACAAGAAAUAAAAUCUGAACCUGAAGGCAGCAAUGCAGUAAUAACUGAAACAAUAUCAAAAGACACUGAUAUAAAAGAGAGUAGCAUAAACCUCCAAGAAAAUAAAGAUGAGGAGGAACUGUCUACAGAAGGAAUUAAGGAGACUAAAGAUUUGCAAGGGAAUAACAAGGAUGAAGAGAGUGGCCUGAAAGAAACUGAAGGUCAAAAAGAAGCAGCUCCUGAAGAGUCUCAGGUGACAGGGGCAGAUGAGUCAACUAAUGAACUGCAGAGAAAGUUAAAAGAAGGUACCAGUAAUGCUCAAGAGGCAGAUAACAAAGCUUUGACCACAGAUACAGAUAAGGUGCAGCUUGGGAAUACCCAGGAGUCAACUGUGUGUGUUUCUGAGGAAGUGGAGGAGAAAACCCCCUCUGAACCACCUUUUGUUAAAAGCGAGGACAAAAUGGUAGGUUCUGAUCAGCAGGUAGUUGAAAAAUACAGUGAUGAUUCUAACAGAAAAGAUACAACACAAGAAACAGAAACCAAGGUUCCAGAAGAACAGAAGCGAGCAGCAGAUGGUACUGAGAAUGUCCAAGAGACAAGGAGAACUGAGGAAGUAAACACUGAAGAUAAGUGUAGAGUUGCAGAACCUGGUCAUAACUUAGGAAGUAGAGUUGAAGAAAACCACAGGAGUCACAUUCAAACAGGCACAGAACUUGGAGCAGUUUCUUGUGACGUACCAGUUAAAAAUGAACUUGAAGAUACUGCUGUCAACCAGCAACAUGAACAUUCUUCAGUACCCAAUAUUAGCAUUAGCUGUGCAGAAAAUGAAGCAGAAAAUAAAUCAGGCAAUCAAACAAGUGUUGAAAACUCAAGGAAUACUGAUCCUGAAAGCUCCAAAGAAAAUGAUACAGAUUCAGGAACUGGUUCUACAGCUGACAACAGUAGCAUUGAUUUGAACUUAUCAAUUUCCAGCUUCCUUACUAAAAACAAGGAUAGUGGAUCAAUAUCUUUACAGGAAACUAAAAGACACAAAAAAACUCUUAAGAAAACUCGCAAGUUUGUUGUUGAUGGUGUAGAAGUAAGUGUGACAACUUCAAAAAUAGUCACUGACAGUGAUUCUAAAAGUGAAGAGUUGCGAUACCUUCGCUUUGGUAGUAAGAAGCGGCAAUAUGACCAGGAGAUUGAAAACCUAGAAAAACAGCAGAAACAGACAAUAGAGCGUUUGGAACAGGAGCACACAAAUCGCCUACGUGAUGAAGCAAAACGUAUCAAAGGAGAACAAGAAAAAGAAUUGUCCAAAUUUCAGAACAUGUUGAAAAACAAAAAAAAGGAGGUUUUUAAUGAAGUGGAGAAAGCACCAAAAGAGCUGAGAAAAGAGCUCAUGAAACGCAAGAAAGAGGAGCUUACUCAGUCCCAGCAUGCUCAGGAGCAAGAAUUCGUGCAGAAGCAGCAACAAGAAUUGGAUGCCUCGCUAAAGAAAAUAAUUCAGCAGCAAAAAUCAGAGCUAGCCACAAUUGAACGAGAUUGUCUUAAUAACAAGCAACAGCUCAUGAGAGCUCGUGAAGCUGCAAUAUGGGAGCUAGAAGAGCGACAUUUACAGGAAAAACACCAACUCCUCAAACAGCAACUAAAAGAUCAGUACUUUAUGCAGAGACACCAGCUGCUCAAACGACAUGAAAAAGAAACAGAACAAAUGCAAAGAUACAAUCAGCGGCUUAUUGAGGAAUUAAAAAACAAGCAGACACAGGAAAGAGCCCGACUGCCAAAAAUCCAGCGCAGUGAAGCAAAAACGAGAAUGGCUAUGUUCAAAAAAAGCCUAAGAAUUAAUUCUUCAAGCACUCCAGAACAGGAUCGUGAAAAGAUAAAGCAGUUUGCCGUUCAAGAAGAAAAAAGACAAAAAAAUGAAAGACUGGCUCAACAUCAGAAGCAUGAAAAUCAGAUGAGAGACCUUCAACUGCAGUGUGAAGCCAAUAUUAGAGAACUGCACCAAUUACAGAAUGAAAAAUGCCAUCUACUGGUUGAACAUGAAACUCAAAAACUAAAAGAAUUAGAUGAGGAACAUAGCCAGGAACUAAAAGAAUGGAGAGAGAAACUGAGACCAAGGAAAAAGACAUUAGAAGAAGAAUUUGCACGGAAGCUUCAAGAACAGGAAGUUUUCUUUAAAAUGUCUGGAGAGUCUGAAUGCCUUAAUCCAUCAACGCAAAGCCGAAUUUCUAAAUUCUACCCAAUUCCUAACAUGCAUUCCACUUGAUCAUGAGUCUGGUACCUCUGUGAGGUGGCUUUGAGUGUGCUUUUUGGCAUUUUCAUUUUCUCAUCAUCAGCUUCUGCCACAGUAAAUCUACAUCCUUCGUCCAAGAUCCUCGGUGAAAUUUUAUCUGCUAUCUUUGGAGACAAUCAGUGAUGUCAGAAUUGCACCUUUAUGUGUUCAUGCAAGGGAACCAAUUUAAAAUAAAAGCACAGACAUUAAUCUUAGAAUCUGGUAUAUUUUUACCCCCAUACUUCUCAAGGACAGAUAACUAUUUCAAUACUGAUCUGGAAAAAAGUAGUAUCCAACUAUGUUGGCCCUGGAAAACAAGCCUAAACUAUUACUAAUCAUCUGUAAUGCCCUGCAAAUAAAGAUUCUGAAACAAAGAUUGUUAAUUUACCAACUGUUCAUUGUGAUGCACCCAUUUUUGAAGAAACGGGUUUCUAGCUCGUUUAUUCAGUGCCUGAAACUGUUACACAUGCUGAAUUGUUUUUGUUUUGUUUUUUGUUUUGUGAAGGGGAGUAGGUAAAAGGGUCGUGUUUCUUUUUCUUUUAAUAAAUCUUCUUGAUUCUGAUGUUACUGUAACAGAAAUACGUACUGUUGCUGCUGCCACAAUUUUUUGUCAAAUCCUUGCACUGAAAACCCCCGUUCAAUUUUGAAGUGUACGGUUGGUCUCUGUCUCUUCCCUUCUUUUUCUGAUUGGUAGUUUUUUCUACAGAAGUUGUAGAAUCUCUUUACAAUCCCAGCCAUACAUUGAUGAAAUGUGAACUGGGUGGAUUCUCUCCUUGGCAGUUUGAGAAGCCAAAGCAGUAAAUGGCUACGGCUAUCUCUUUUCUUACAAAUAGUACUGAUGUCUCUGGUUGCAAGGGUUUUUCUUUUGAAUUUGAGAUGCAUGUUGAUAUGUAGAAGGGCUUAAGUUACAUAUGUAGACAAGACAGUUUAAUCUCUGUUACAUUGUUUUGCCAUGAACUUAAAUGGUUUUAUUUCUAAAAUUCAUUGUUGUACUGUAACUUAUUUUCUCUGUGGGUGGGAUGGAAAUAUUUAUGUUAGCAGGAGACAUGCCCUGCGUUCAGGAAAAAAAAGCUGGGAUUGUUUAAAGCUUCAGAUUUGAAUCGUAUCAAAAACAGUAUUGUAAACUGUGCUUUGAUAUGCCCAAGUUAGGUUUGUAAUAUGUUGGUUGCCUCCUGUCCUCAGAAAAUCUUUAGUAGAUAACUUUGAAUAAUCAACUGUAAGUUUUCACAUUUUGCUAUCUUUCAUUAAAUGAGGAAACAGUCACUUUCUUAUAAAUUUUAUACUAUGGCAACAGCAUACUUGCAUGUGAAGGAAGAGGAUUAUCAAAUUACUUUAGUCAAUACUUUGGCUACCACAUUCAGAUAAUGAAUUUGACCUUGUCUGGUUGUUUAAUUGUGACAGUAUAGUGAGUAUAGUUUGAAGAUGCAUGUUUUCAGUUAAAACAAAUUUCUCAAGUUACUUUUAACAAAUAUUUCAUAGUUAGCCUUAAUACGCCACAUUUUAUUUUAUAAAUAUGCAUCAUGUACCAGGUUGUAAAUUACUGUAAUGAAUACAUCAUUAGAGUAUUGAAUUUUGCUGUAUACAAACUUAAAUUUGUUUAUUCUGAGUUGCUUAGGGUGAACAAGUAUUCAAAUGCCUUUACUUUUUUAAGCUUCACCUUUAUGAAAUAUCUAGUAUUGAUAAUAACAUUAAAUAUUGUUUAACUGUC